AUGUCGAAAGAAGACGAAACAGAGUAUGGCAUCAAAUCACGAGCGUCUUCGACAGAGCCUGAGGACAACAGCAAUGCUAGAGAGCCUGGAAGCUCUUCGAAGAAGAACUCCAAAGUCGCCAAAUCCAGGUUAACCGAGGAUCAGAGAAAUUUCAACCACAAAGAUGCAGAGAACAAGCGCCGGACGGCUAUCAGAGAACGAUUCACCGAGCUCUCUCGUAUGGUGCCUGGUGCAUUGGGUCAGGAAAAGAGCGAGCAAGCCAUGUUGAGCAAGACCGCCGACUACUUGAGGGAAAUGAUGGAGGAGCAGCGAAAACUCGAGGCGAUUGCUGACUCGCAAGGUAUUCAAAUUGAUGACGCUGGACGUCUCAAGGAUGAAGACUAUGGAGGUCCUAAUUGGAGGCAACUGAACAUGGAACAAUACGAGGCCAGCAAGCAAAUGAAAGAAGGUCCAAAUAACAAUGAUAAUAAUGAUUGA